AUUCCCAACACAACUGACUCGCUCUCCUCAGAGAAAGUUCUCUCCAUCUGAAAGAAUGGCUCCAACCUACAAGACUGACUACUCUAAACUUUCCAUCAAGGAAAAGCUUAAAUUGAGAAAACCAGUGGUGGAAAAGAUGCGCCGAGAUCGCAUCAACAACUGCAUCGAGCAGCUCAAAUCCAUGCUGGAGAAGGAGUUCCACCAGCGGGAUCCAAACACCAAGCUGGAGAAAGCCGACAUCCUGGAGAUGACGGUGGUUUUUCUGAAACAGCAGCUGCAGCCCAAGACCUCGGCUCCACAGAAAGCCCACUUUGACGGCUAUUCCCAGUGUUGGAGGGAGACCGUGAGCUUCUUAUCUGGAAACACCAAGGUGGAUGCUGUACGUCAGCAUCUGAACCACUGCCAAGAAGCCCAGAGAUCAUCUAAAGACCUCACUCACAUGUCUCCAGCUUCCCAUCAGUCCACCAAGGUGAAGCAGGAACCAUGUGCUCACAGACCUCUCUGGAGACCCUGGUAGACGAUGAAAGACUUCCACAGAAAAACUAGAUG